ACUAGGAGUCAGCUUAAGGUUCGAAAAAGAUUAAAAGAAUUACAUAAAAAAGCAUAUCAUUCCCAACAUCAAAAUCAUUAUCAACAUCCUUAAUGUGUCACCAAGAAUAAUUUUAUGCUUACUUUUUAUUUCUUUAUCAAAUAUCAUUGUCUAGCCAUUAGAUUCUAUUUGAAUCCAGGUGGUUUAUUAUUUCUAUUACAAAUUGACAAUAUUUAUAAUUAAUUAAUUAAUUUAUACAAAUCUGAAAGCAACAUAUCCUACAUUAAAUACAUAUGUUUGGUUUAAUUUAAAUAUAUGUGAUUAUGUUAUAAUUAUUAUGUCCACAACAUAAGAUUGAUAAGAUGAUUAAGGUGAGAGGUUGUUGUGGUGUGGUUGGUCGACCACGUUAACAACUUUCUAUUUUUGUAGUAACCGGUUUAUGUGAAAGUGCCGUACACUAUCCUACCUUCACUUCUUUGUAAUUUUCUUUUUAUAGAAAAUAUCUAACUUUUUUUAAUCUUAAAUUUUUAGUACUUUAGAUUAUUUUAAGGUCGGUGCUUUGUAGGUUGUUGUAGUGCCAAGACAUACUAUUUUUCCUUCUCUUAAGGUUUUGUCAAAAUCUUGAAUUUUGAUUUUGUUAAGUUUAGAGCAUUUGGAGUUUGGUGCAAUAUUAAGUUUACAUCAUUUGGAACUUAAUAUGGAGCAUUGUUAGAGAAAACAAAUCAUAGAUUGUGUUUGCAAAUCCUUCGUUUUUUUUUAUAUGCUGUAUUUUUUCAUUGAAGGAACUUGCUAUAUGGAGCUCGGAUUCAAGCUUUCAGGUUUUUUUGUGAAACUUAAUUUCAUUGUUUUUUAUUUAUAUAAAUUUGUUUGAUUGUGUUUCUUGUAUGUUAUGAUGUUUAUUAUUGAAUCUAUUGCCUGUCACAAAGUUGGUUUCUCCAUGGUUGGUUUCUGGAUUUUCAAUAAUAAAGGGAAAUGAAUUUCAUAUUUUUUUUUUUCACCACCAUCAUCCUGUUCGGAGGUGAAUUCUGGAAUCGAGUGGUUUCAGCCCCUCCCGAUUGCAGUUGCGGGGAGUCGAACUGUGGUCCUCCCUACCAAGUUCAGCGUCAAUCACCACUGAACCAACUAACGAUUGGUAAAGGGAAAUGAAUUUCAUAUUAAAAUGUGAAUGGAUUUAAUCAGCCGAAGAGAAUGCUCCGUUUUUUUGUCUUAAACUCUGCAAAUCUGGAGUUUGGCUGAGAGAUAACUAAAGUCUAAGCAAUGAUUGUUUAGUUAGGAUUUGAACUUGUGUUCUCCCAAACGAUUCGACCAGUUGAGCUCAUGGUUAAUAGAGUUUUCUCUAAAUUGUUUGCAUCAUACUAUUUCUCUUAGGAUUCAUUUUGUUUUCCUAAAAAACUUUCUAAUGAUAAGAUCUUCAUUUUCUAAUGUUUGUGGUCAAAAUAAGGCUAAAACAAGUGUUGAUAUUUUAAUUAAUUUUUGAUUUAUUUUCAUGAAUUCUUUCCCUAUGUUGAGAGUUUGCAUAUAUUCAGUGUUAAUCUUGCAGGACUACAAGAUGCUGGUAAAUUUGGAAGGAAUGUUUGGUGCAAAAAAUCAUUUUCAUUCAAAGGGUCUCUAACAUUAGUUGAAUUUCAAUUUCAAGUUUUUUCUCCAACAUGAACAUGGAAGAUCAAUUUUCCUCAAAGGACAAUGGAAUAAGCUUUUGGACACCAUUGGAUAAUGGAAUGAAAAGUUCAAUAACUUCAGAUGACAUGUUUAACAAUAUCUCUGAGCUUAUGAACUUCGAUAACUAUGCCGGUUGGUGCAACGGUUCAUCAUCAUUAAUUGAUCAAACUCUAACUAGUGACCUUUCAUCAUUUGCAUAUUCACCACAUGAUGGAUUGAGUUUAGUUGAACAAAUUAAUGGUCCAUUUUUUAUGACAGAUAUUGGUGGAAAUUAUAGCUCCACCAGUUAUGAGGAAAAAGUACUUUUACAACAAAUGGAAACACAAUUUGCUUUCUUAGAUAAUGCAAAUGAAACAAAUAAUAAUAAUUUAGAUUCACAAUUUGAUAUGUGCAAUUACGUAAUGUCGAAAUCGCCUAGUUGGUCACUUGAUGAGAGAAUGAUGAGUGCUUUAUCCUUCUUUAAAGAAUCAGCUGGUGGAGGAAUAUUAGCACAAUUUUGGGUACCUAUAAAGUAUGGUGAUGAAAUUGUUUUAACCACAAGUAAUCAACCAUAUUUACUAGACCAAAAGCUUGCAGGUUAUCGCGAAGUGUCGAGGUCGUUUACAUUUUCUGCAGAAAUAAAAAUGGGAGCUUGUUGUCCUGGACUUCCGGGCCGCGUGUUUAUUUCGCAUGUUCCUGAAUGGACAUCUAAUGUUGGUUACUAUCAUAAAUCUGAGUACUUAAGAUUAGACCAUGCAAUUAGUCACGAGGUUCGCGGAUCGAUUGCUCUUCCAAUAUCUGAUAUGAACUCUGAAGUUUCAUGUAGUGCUGUGCUAGAACUUGUUACUACAAAGGAAAAGCCUAAUUUUGAUAAAGAAUUAGAAUAUGUUUCUCAUGCACUUCAGCGUAUGAAUUUAAGGACUAUUACCCCUCCACGACUUCUUCCACAGUGUGUAUCAAAUAACAAAAGAGCUGCAUUAGCAGAGAUAGUUGAUGUGUUAAGAGCUGUUUGUCAUGCACAUAGAUUGCCACUAGCACUGACAUGGAUUCCAUGUUAUUAUAGUGAGGGAAAAGGCGAAGAAUCUGAGAGAUUACGGAUUAAAGAAGGCCGUACAACAAAUUCUGAUGAAAAAUGUGUGCUAUGUAUUGAAGAAUCAGCUUGUUAUAUCAACGAUAAAAUGGUAGAAGGAUUUGUUCAUGCAUGUUCUGAACAUCACCUCGAGGAAGGACAAGGUAUAUCUGGGAAAGCUCUUCAAUCAAAUCAUCCAUUCUUCUAUACCGAUGUGAAAGCUUAUGAUAUUAGUGAAUAUCCGCUUGUUCAUCAUGCACGAAAAUAUAACUUGAAUGCUGCUGUUGCAACUAGGUUAAGGAGUACUUAUACUAAUGAUGAUGAUUAUGUGUUAGAAUUCUUUCUUCCUAUCGAUAUGAUAGGGAGUUCAGAACAACAGCUUUUAUUAGACAAUUUGUCCGAUACUAUGAGGCGAAUUUGUAAGAGUUUGAGGACAGUUUCAGAAGGCGAAUUACGAGGGAUAGAAGUUUCUCAAGAUGGUUUUCCAAAGGAAAAUAUUUCAGGGUUUUUUCCAAUGUCUAAGGGAAACUCUCAGAUAGCAUUUAGCACUGGUGAUCCUGAUUUAUUCCAGAUGCCAUUGAUGGCAGCUAAUAAUGGAAUCCAAGGUUCACAUAGUCAGGUAACAAGUGAAUCGAGAAAACAGGCUGAGAAAAGGAGAAAUGCAGUGGAGAAGAAUGUUAGCUUGAGUGUUCUCCAACAAUACUUCUCUGGUAGUUUGAAGGAUGCUGCGAAAAAAAUUGGGGUUUGUCCGACAACUCUGAAGAGAAUAUGCAGGCAACAUGGAAUUUCAAGAUGGCCAUCGCGGAAGAUAAAUAAAGUGAAUCGUUCAUUGAAGAAAAUACAAACUGUCCUUGAUUCUGUCCAAGGAGUUGAAGGAGUGCUUAAGUUUGACCCUCACACUGGUGGAUUUGUUGCAGGAGGAUCAAUCAUUGAGCAAAUUGGCACAUGUAAUAAAAAUCUUAUGUUCCCCGAGAAAAGCUCUGUAGAGAACUCGGCCAUUAAGUUGGAGGAUGAUGGUGUUCUUAUCUCAAAUUCAUGUGAGGGUGACUUGAAGAAAGAUAAUAAUGCUUCUUCUGAUGAUUAUAUUCAAGACUCAACAUCAUGGCUUUGGACAAAGACUCAUGAAUGUCCUAAACAAAACUCUAUAGAUUCUGUUCUUGAAAAAGAGGAAGAUCAAUGUGGUUUGAACAAUAGUAGUUUGCAUGAUAUUGCCUCUAAUAGUUCAUUCUCAUUGAUAGAACUUGGUUUGGAUGAAGGAAAAGGACUUGAUGAACCUAACCAUCCGACUUCUUCAAGCAUGACAGAUUCUUCCGAUGCAUCUGGAUCAAUGGUUCGUGGAAGUUCAUCGGGCUCUCAAAGCAUUGAGAACCAUAAGAACUCAAAGAUCAAAUCAAUUUGUGUUGAUAGUGAAUCGAAAUUUGCCGUCAAAGCUACUUUUAGAGGCGAUACUAUUCGUUUCAAGUUUGAUCCAUGUUUAGGUUGUUUCCAACUAUAUGAAGAAGUUGCAACAAGGUUUAAAUUACGGAAUGGUUCAUUCCAACUCAAGUAUCUUGAUGAUGAAGAGGAAUGGGUGUUGUUGGUGAAUGACUCAGAUUUGAAGGAAUGUGUAGAAGUUUUGAGUGAUAGUGGUACACAUUGUGUGAAGUUACUUGUUCGCGAUAUACAUGGCGAUGGUAAUAGUUGAUUCUUCUCAGAUAUUUCGUAUAUGAAAAGAUGCAUGGGGCUUCAAUGAUACAGUUGAAGUAUUGCUUGACAAUGUUUUUUUCACUGAUCACAUCAGAUUCUAAGACCAUGCAAGGUGGAUGAGUUUUCCUUUCAAGCCAUCUAAGACAUGAAAAUUUUCAUUUCUAGUUAAGAUAUUUCAUGUGUUGUGUUUUUCAUUGUGUUAAAUUUUUAUUUUAGUUCUUAAAUCCUCAAAUAAGAUAGGUUGGAGUAAGGUCAAGCUUCUUUGGGGUGAUUGAUUUUACUUUUUAGAAGACAUAUCAUAGAACAGUGUUUCACAUGGAAUCACCAGCAAUAAAUAAGCACAUAUAUAGCUCUAAGUGCUUUGGUCUUAGUUUGUAUAUAUUUCUACUUUCAUGAGAAAAUAUGAUCAAACUGUAAACAAUUUCUACAGAUUUGAGUCAU